UUUUGAAAGGUUUCGGAGGUAUUGACAACUUUUCUUCUUUCUUAUCCCUGUUCGAUGGCUUGUCCGAAACGGCCUCAAUUCUUAUUGACAAUGGAAUACCACCAGGAGCUUUUAUGGGUUCAAUAAAGAAACAUGCCUACACGAGCAUCAUUAUCUCCUCCAAACACGCCCUUUUAGUAUGCGACUUCGCCCUUUCGGAUUGCCCCUACAUUUUCAUGAGAAUCUGUUGAUUUGUGAAGCCGUGUUUGGGUUUCUUGAAGGCACGGUUGGCCUGGAAGGAGGGGUGAAGAUGGGGUGUGCCAUGAGUUCAGAAGAAAGAGAGUCUCAGGAAAGGAGUAAACAGAUUGACAAAAAUUUGAAGGAAGAUGGUCUUCAGGCCGCGAGGGAUGUCAAGCUUCUUUUAUUAGGUGCUGGGGAGUCUGGCAAAAGUACAAUAGUCAAACAAAUGAAAAUUAUACAUGAAGAGGGUUUCACAGCAGAAGACUCGAAGGUGUAUAGACCUGUCGUAUAUAGCAACUUACUUCAAUCAAUGGUUUCAAUGCUCAGAGCGAGAGAAAAGUUUGAAACUCCUUUCGGAGAGGAAGAGCGAGAGGAGGACGCUCAGCUAGUAUAUGACACAGUGAGUAAGCUCCAGGAUUCAGCACCCUACUCCCCCUCACUCACAGCUGCAAUCCAAAGACUUUGGACGGAUAGUGGCCUCCUGGAAAUCUUCAACAGAGCACGGGAGUACCAACUCAAUGAUUCAGCCAAAUAUUUUCUAGAUAAUCUUGAUAGAAUUGGGUCACCUGACUACCUUCCGAAUGAGCAAGAUAUCUUGAGAACCCGAGUCAAAACAACGGGAAUCGUAGAAACACACUUCACUUUCAAAAAUCUUCAUUUCAGGUUAUUUGACGUUGGAGGUCAGAGGUCAGAAAGGAAAAAGUGGAUACACUGUUUUGAAGACGUCACAGCAAUCAUAUUCUGUGUCGCCCUCAGUGGCUACGAUCAGCGACUGCUAGAAGACGAUGUUACGAAUCGGAUGCAAGAAAGCCUGAAGCUCUUUGAUUCCAUCUGCAACAACAAAUGGUUCACGGAUACCUCCAUUAUCCUCUUCCUCAACAAGAAGGACCUGUUCGAAGAGAAGAUCCAGAAGUCACCGCUGACCAUCUGCUUUCAAGAAUACGAAGGUGCUAAUGAGUAUCUGCCUGCUGCUGGAUACAUACAGUUACAAUUUGAAGCACUGAACAAAAGCACCAACAAGGAAAUCUAUACGCAUAUGACAUGUGCAACGGACACAACCAAUAUUCAAUUCGUUUUUGACGCCGUCACUGACACAAUAAUAGCCAACAAUCUACGAGGGUGUGGCUUGUAUUGAGACUAGUAGGUAGAAUUUCGAAGGUCUUGCUUUUUUCAUGGCAAGAGCCUUCCAACCAAGUUUCCCUUUUGUUUUCUCUCGUUCAAACACAAGUGGAGAUAAUAAAUGUUCAUUCGUUCGUGCGCACGCUCGGGAGAAUGCUGUGUGCGCGCUGUGUGCGAUGUGGAUCACGUGACACCAUCAGUGGAGCUGGAGAAAGUGGCGCCAUAUUUCGAUCACGUGAUCAAACCGUUCUCAAUGUUUGGUGAUUUCCAGCGCGUUGGAUGAUGCGAUCGUGUAGUCUGUUCUCUCUAUACAUGUGGAUUAUAAAUGUGCGGAAUCGAAGCCAUCACAACUUUCCCCGCUAGAACAUCAUGCCCUGUCCAACUUUUUCAAUUGGAUAUCGUCAGUCACGUGAUUAUUUAUGUUGUGCUGAUUGGAUAGCGGUAUCAGUCGGCUGCAUCAUUUUAGCCGACGAUAUCAAUUUCGAUUAUAUGGGUGCUUGUGAAAUUAUAUGAGAGAGAGAGAGAGGAAAAAAAAUGUUGGGGAACUUUUCUAAGAUUAUUUCUAUCGUAUUCGUGUCGACCUUUAUCAUGUUUUUGAUCUCACGGACAGAAAAAGUGUGUAUAUAUUUUGCUACGACUUUUAACGUUUACGCCUUCUACGGAGAUCACUGAAUCAUGGAAUACAACACAACCACGUGACGUUUAGCUCGUCUUUUUACCCAUCAUUCAUUGCGAUAUGGAUACCACUAACAAGUACGGAGAACCGGAGACCUGAUAGAGUCAACGUUUCGAGUUGCUUUUUUUCAUAAUCAUCACAGUCAUGUCCCCUGACAAUAUUUCCAUUACACAAGAGGAUGAAUUGAGAAUCCGAUCAUUUCAUUUGUUAUUUUUUGUUACUACUACGACAACAAUGACGCAGGUGGACCUAAAAGGACUCUUUCGUGAGAAGCAAAAACGAAAUACAUCAUUUAUUUGUUGAGUGGUUGGGUAAUAUAUAAGUGUUGGUGUUGUUAUUAUUGUAAAACACACAUCGUGUUCCGAGAAGUAAGCUAUUUCGUAAGGUGCAUUUGCAAUGGGAGUUGUGAUUCUCAGCGUCUGAUUCUCUGUUAUUACUUCUGUUUCGCCGAUACUUUUACUACAUAAUUACUUAUUUUUUAAACUGUAGUUAGUCGUAUCAAUUUUCUUCCUUUUCUUUGAUUCGAUUCGAUCCACCCUUCCUGUACUUCUGUACUAUAUUAAUAUCGACAUAGUGGACAUGUUCAUUUUUUAUCAAAUCAAUCUUCAUUGUGGCUGUUGUAUUUGUUAAUUUUAUAUGAAUUGCACAUUCCGAUGGCAAACGUUCACGAAGGUCAUAUCGAGAUUUUCCUAAUCUUUACGUGAUUGUAUUAUCUCCCAAUACAAACAUGGAUGGAUAGAUAUUAAGCUAACCUUAUGUAAUAUCUUGUUUAUUGGUACAUGGCUUCAUUAGUUUACAGAAGUAAUAAAUGGCCUCUAUUAUAUAACUUAUGGUUCUGUAUUGAAUAUUAUACACUGAGGAAAGUCGAGUGACAUGGCAAUUUGUUAUUACGCUCUCCUGCCGUUCGACAUUAUGCAAUAGUGAUCAUUCCAAAUACCAUCCCUUGUAUUCAAAGGGUUAAAAUAUUAAAAAGUCAUAAAUUAAGAUGUUGGUUUCAUUUUAGUUGACAUCAUUACUGGACGCUUAUUGGAAAAUGUGUAUAAAUCAUCAAUUAUAAAUCAGAAUGGAAAUGUUCAGCCUUUGUUAAAAGAUUAAAACAGUUGUCCAAGAAAGGUGUCUCUGGUGAAGUAUAACUAAUGCCAUAUUUCCCCUCCAUAUCUGAGUAUUUGAAUAUUUUUUU